UCAACCCUGCGCAAAUGGCCAGCGGCGGCGGCGAGCGGUUCACCAAUAGGGAGCGGGUCGGUGCGUGCGGGUCGGUGGGAAUUGCGCCGAGGCUGUGUGUACGUCUGUUGCCGUAACAACGGGCUGAGGAGUCUGUCGGCGAUGGCCUCUAGCUUUAAGAAGGCAAACAUGGCAUCAACUACCCAGCGAAAAAGGAUGAGUCCUAAGCCAGAGCUUACUGAAGAGCAGACCCAGGAAAUCCGGGAAGCUUUUGAUCUCUUCGAUGCUGAUGGAACUGGGACUAUAGAUGUUAAGGAACUUAAGGUGGCAAUGAGGGCACUGGGCUUUGAACCCAAGAAAGAAGAGAUCAAGAAAAUGAUAAGUGAAAUUGAUAAGGAAGGGACAGGAAAAAUGAACUUCAGUAAGUUUUUGACUGUGAUGACUCAGAAAAUGUCUGAGAAAGAUACCAAAGAAGAAAUUCUGAAAGCUUUCAAGCUCUUCGAUGAUGAUGAAACUGGGACGAUAUCCUUCAAAAAUCUGAAACGUGUAGCCAAGGAGUUGGGCGAGAACCUCACGGACGAGGAGCUGCAGGAAAUGAUUGACGAAGCUGAUCGAGAUGGAGAUGGAGAAGUCAAUGAACAAGAGUUCCUGCGCAUCAUGAAAAAGACCAGCCUUUAUUAAAAUCAUUCUCUCCUUUUCUACUGCAAGCACAUAUAACUAGAUUUAGUGCCUGCCAUUGUGUGAAACCUGGUUUUGUAGACUAAAAAUUGUUUUUUUCCCCACUGACCUCCCCGUGCAACCUUGGUGACAACCUCAGACCUAUUUUAGAUUUUGGAAAGUGUUCUUUGCCAGUCAAGUCCUUUGUGAGGUGGCCCGCUGGUUGCUUCCAUUGCCCGAAGCAGAGCCAGAGCACAUUUGCGUGGAGAAAGCUUUUGCCCACCUGCCGUUCUGCCUUGUACCUCUCCACCCUUGUCACACAUUCCCACAUUUAUGCCACCACACAAGGACUUCUUAGACAAGCACAUGUUGUACCGGUGUCACCACAAGCAGCUGGCAUCUUUUCGAUGGUCCCGGUUUUAACUGACGCCUGAGCGCAGCUUCCUCUUUGACAAAAAUCCAGUGAACUCUCUCACUUGCAUUUGGAAGUGUGCUUGUGCUAUUCGUUUUGUCUUACGAAUAAAGCCUUUCUUAUUUUGA